AGCAAGCUCUGUGCAGGCCCCCCUCCCCUUUCUGUGGUCCACACCCCCCUUGAGCUAUAAGAAGCGCUGUAGCGGGAAUUGGUCUGCAGUGCAUGACAGCACCCUCCAUAGAACUCAGCCCUGAGCAGGAGUCAGUCAGCCGCCUCUGUGUGCGGCUUCGCACGGCGGAUCGGGUGCUGGGAGGAGAGAGAGAGGCGGAGGAACACCCUGCCCUGGUUUAUUCUCAGGCUCCCUGCUUCUUUUUGUCCCCACCCCUGACUUUAUUAUCUGCCUGCUCAAAAUUAAGAGCAAAGGCAGGAGCCUGGGGAGCUAAUAGCGUGGGACGCAAGGAGACACCUUGGCAUGAAUUAGAUGGCAAUCGCACGGAAAUAUUUUUCCUAGGAAGAAAAGGGGGAAAACCGGGACCCGUAAAAAAGAAAGAGGAUUGAAAGAGCAGCUUUGCUGAAUGAGAAGGACAGAGCAGGAUCAGCAGCAUGAGCACUAGCAUUCCCUAUCAACAAAACCCGUAUAGCUCCCGGGGCAGCUCCACCGUCAUCCAGUGCUACCGCUGCGGAGACACAUGUAAGGGAGAGGUGGUGCGCGUCCAGAGCAAUCACUUCCACAUCAGGUGCUUCACCUGCCAAGUGUGCGGCUGUGACCUGGCCCAGUCAGGCUUCUUCUUUAAGAAUGGAGAAUACAUCUGCACCCAUGACUACCAGCAGCUCUAUGGGACCCGCUGCGACAGCUGCCGCGACUUCAUCACUGGAGAGGUCAUCUCUGCCCUGGGCAGGACAUACCACCCCAAGUGCUUUGUCUGCAGCAUGUGCAGGAAGCCGUUCCCCAUUGGAGACAAAGUGACAUUCAGUGGGAAAGACUGCGUCUGCCAAGCCUGUUCCCAUUCGCUGAUCAGCACCAAGCCUAUCAAGAUUCACGGGCCGAGCCACUGUGCGGGCUGCAAGGAGGAGAUCAAGCACGGCCAGUCGCUCCUGGCCCUGGAGAAGCAGUGGCACGUCAGCUGCUUCAAAUGCCAAACCUGCGGGAUCAUCCUGACCGGCGAGUACAUCAGCAAGGACGGUGUUCCAUACUGCGAAUCUGACUACCAUGCCCAGUUCGGCAUUAAGUGUGAGACCUGUGACCGGUACAUCAGUGGCAGGGUCCUGGAGGCAGGAGGGAAGCACUACCACCCAACCUGUGCCAGAUGCGUCCGCUGCCACCAGAUGUUCACGGAAGGGGAGGAGAUGUACCUCACAGGUUCUGAAGUGUGGCACCCGAUCUGCAAACAGGCAGCGAGGGCAGAGAAGAAAUUGAAGCACAGAAGAACAUCAGAAACCUCCAUCUCACCCCCUGGUUCCAGUAUUGGUUCCCCCAACCGAGUCAUCUGUGCUAAAGUGGAUAAUGAGAUCCUUAAUUACAAAGACCUGGCAGCUCUUCCCAAGAUUAAAGCCAUCUACGAGGUGCAGCGUCCCGACCUCAUUUCCUACGAGCCCUAUCACAGAUACACAUCAGACGAGACGCUGGAGAGAUAUAGCUAUGGGGAGUCCCUUGGAACGCUGUCUCCAUAUUCUCAGGAUAUCUAUGAAAGUAUUGACAUACGACAGAGACGGGCCUCCAGCCCGGGCUACAUCGACUCCCCCACCUACAGCCGCCAGGGCAUGUCUCCCACCAUCCCACGCUCCCCACAUCAUUACUACCGCUCAGGCACAGAGAGUGGGCGCAGCUCCCCCUACUAUAGCCAGUUAGAUGUGAGGUCUUCUACUCCAACCUCAUACCAAGCUCCCAAGCAUUUCCACAUUCCAGCUGCCGGAGAGAGUAACAUCUACCGGAAACCCCCCAUCUAUAAACGACACGACAAUCCACCUGCAGCCACCAAAAGCAAAACCAGCGAAGACAUUGCACAGUCCUCCAAAUACAGCCCAGCCUAUUCCCCGGACCCAUACUACCACUCGGAGUCCGAGUAUUGGCUUUUCCAAGGUUCACCCAAAGCACCGCGAGCCCGCAGAUUCUCAUCAGGGGGAGAAGAGGACGGGUUUGACCAGGGGAUGCACAAGAUCCAGAGCGGCAUCGGCAGGUUGAUCCUGAAGGAAGAGAUGAAGGCUCGAUCCAAUUCUUACGCUGACCCCUGGACGCCGCCCCGCAGCUCAGCCGGUAGCAGAGAGGCCCUGCACACAGCCGGCUACGAGAGCUCACUGAACGGCUCUCCCCGGACACAUUACCUAGCUGACAGUGAUCCCCUCAUUUCGAAAUCUGCAUCCCUCCCUGCCUACAGAAGGAACGGGCUGCACAGGCCCCCCAGCGCUGAACUCUUCCACUAUGACAGCACAAACGCUGUCAACUGGGGGAUGCGAGAAUACAAGGUAAAACUCUCCUUGGAGAGGGGAACAGCUGCCAUCCAGUCAGUGAUGCCAUCUAAUGUCCGAAUGCCACCAGGGCAGGGUCCUUGGGGAUUGUCCCUCCAUCUCCUGUGUCCUGGGCUGGUCUCCGGAGCCCAUGUUUGAACUGAGGCCUUUCCAGACACCUUCCCUUCCCUCAGACAUGCCCUGGCUCCACUUUCCCUCAAUUCCAGCCACCCUGUCCCCCCUGCUAUUAUCAGCUCCAACAGAAUGGGCUGCAAUUGAGCAUGGUUUACGUUGCGGGUGUCUCCAAACGCUUUGCCCAGCAAAGUUGCAUGCUGGGGGAAGAACUGAUGAGGUGGGUGACCAUAGCUGUCGUGCUGGGCUCAGCAGCAGCAGCUCCCACCCAGCUGUGGAUGCUGAACCUAUUAGAUGGGGAGAGGGGAUGCUAGGUACGAUGUUAGGUCAUCGCCUACACCAGUGUUUCCCAAACGGUGGGUCCUGACCCACCAGUGAGUCCCAAGAAGGUUCUAGCUGGGUCACUAUGUCCAGAACCAGGUUAAUGCAUCACUGGGCGCUGGCCUAGGCAAACAUACAUUUCUCCCAGCCUGGUUCAGAGGGGAGACCCUGGAUGGGUUGGGGAGAUGAAUUGUGAGCCUGUUCCGCAGUCGCCCCACAUUGUUGGCUCCAGUCCCGCAGGGCUGGGCCUGGUUCCCCGCUCCAGGUGUUGCAACCUGGCCCAUGGGAUUGUAGCACCACCAACUGGACCAAACCCGAGUGCUACAACCCUGCAUGCCAGGUCACAACACCCAGAGCAGGGAGCCGGUUCUAGCCUCAUGGGACAGGAGCCACUGCUGCAGGGGGAAUGGGGGGCAGGCUCAUUCCCUGGCCAUUCCUCUACACUUGGCCAGGGUUAGGGUUGAGGUGCCAGGGCAGAGGAUGCACGUACGUAAUGGUGGGUUGCAAAAAAAGACAAAAUGCAGUUGGUGAGUUGCCUGAGUAAAAAGUUUUGGAACCAUUCUGUGACAAGCCAAGCGGUCUUCGCCGUCAGCCUGGAGAUGGGCAGACAGGGAGCUGGGUUAGUGUCGCCCCUCAGGGCAGCCUCUCCAUCAGAGCAGCUCCCCUGCCUUGCAGUGUCAGCUUGAGCUCCAUUCUGCCGUGAGAGUUGGGCCCCUGAGAAUCACCACCCCUGAGCCAAACAGAACAGACCCAAGGACUAGACGCUGGGUUGUUGCUGUGGGUUCCCUCAGCUCAGAGAGCCUACCCACGUUUCUUCAUCUAUCUCUGCAGAUAUACCCCUAUGAGCUGCUCAUGGUGACCACCAGGGGGAGGAACCAGCUGCCCAAGGAUGUGGACAGAACUCGGUUAGAGCGCCACCUGUCACAGGACGAGUUCUAUCAGAUCUUCAGCAUGACCAUUGCAGAGUUCGACCGCCUGGCCCUGUGGAAGAGGAACGAGCUGAAGAAGCAGGCACGGCUGUUUUAAACGCAAUGCACUAUAAAUAUAUACAUACCUAUAAAUAUAUAUAUAUAUAUGUAUAGAAAGAUCUCUAUAUUGAAGCUCUGUAUAACUCUCUCUAUUGUACAAUAGGAGGAACGGCCACUCUCUUUGGAACUCCGUAGAGCAAAUUGAAGUCUCUCAGAUAUUUUUA